CUUUGUGAUAAUGAACUAUUUUCUUCCACUUUGCUCCUCUAAGUGCUUUGAUAUUUUCAAUUCCUGAGAAGGAGCCAAGUUCUAUGUUUUUUUCCAACUGGAACAUCCAGGUUACUCGCUCUGCUGUUGCACAACCGACGGGAGCUUUGUCUCCCAGGCAGCCAAUUUAUCCCAACUGGCUCCUCGGUUCUCCCACAAAAACGCAUCAACUGGAAGGAAGUUCGAAAUGGUUUGAAAAAUCAGCUUGACAGAUAAAACCACCUUUGAUUUUAAACCUCUGUUUCCCCUGAGACAACCUGUUUCGCCGGGACGUGGACUGUGUUGCAGGCUCCGUUGAGGCGCGAGCAGGGACUAAGUGGCCUUGUUUUGUCGUUUUGGAUCUCUUCGAGACGGGAGAGGUCUCUCUUCAGCCCUACGCGUUUUCCUGAGAAGAAGUCCUUGCGUGGACUUUUGCUUUGUUCUGCUGGGGGGGGGUCGACCAGGCCGUGAUUGCGUCCUGUGUGAGGAACUGUUCAAGCAUCGGUAGAGGGUGGCCGUCUCUCGGGUUACCCCCGGUGCAUUUUAUCUCGUCCGGAGCGUUCUAGAACGGAGCUCUUUCCGGAAGUACUGCUUUGUAUGUGGUGAUACAGGGACUGACUUCUUCAGCACAUCGUGUGUUGGGAGCUUCUGGGUCCGGACAACACUCCCUGGUACUCGGCCCACGGAAGCAUUGUGCAGCGUUUCUCCACUUCCCCUCAUCGGUCACACGCGGUUCAUUUGAGUGCUGAGACACACUCGUCUUCUAUUUGCUUCAUCUUCGGUUGCGAGACCAGCUCAGGCUACUGCUGGUUUUGGCUGUGGCACGUCUCGUUGAACCACUUGUACCCCAGUUGUCCAAUAGGGAAUUCCGGACGACAUCGCGCCCGGGUAUUUGCUGUGGCUCGCUUUGCCAAGCUGCAGCAACCGAGCUUCGGGACUUCUUACUUCUCCGUUGACGUGUUCCGUCAUUCUUUCUGGACCAAUAGCGCAAGACCUGCCGCGUCUAUAAGUAGCCCUGUCCUGUGGGUGCUCUCCAACUCUGCUCUUGUCUGAGCUUUUGACUCGGUAGAGGACAACUCACGUAUCAACAUCCAGUGUAAUGGAAGGGAAGUUGUAGAGAAGUUGUAGACGAUAUCACCGGAGCAGCUAGCUUUUGCUGCGAAUGGGGACACCCAGAGUCCGUCGAUUUGGGUUUCUGUGCUCUCGAUCGACGUGUGGAUUGUCUCCGCUCCGUGUGCCCUUUCCUCGGACCUCUCUUCUUUAACGCCUUGAAGAACAAGGUGGUUUGCCUUUUUUUUCUCACACCCUCGCCUUUUAUCAUAUUUUUGUGAGUUUAAUUUCGUACGGCUUCUCACCGGGUCGUAACCGUCUUAUUAGCUAUUCGUCGAACUUCUUUUGUCAGCUUGCGUCAGAGGUUGACGCGCUUCGUGUGACACCCUGUGGUGGGGGAUGUGGUUGGCUGAAGGAAGCCAGACGCGAGGGACGAGGCCCAGCGUUUCUGCGUGCCGUAUCAGAGAGCACGCGACUCCUCCAAAACGGCCAGUUACACAUCGCCUGCCACCAUAUCACAAGGCAAAGGACAUCGCGACGUUCUCGUGCUUCUCUUGAGAUGUUUGCAUGCGCAGUUACUUGCGGUUUUCGGAUCGCCAUCGUCAACGACCAACACGUCCCCGUAAACGCGUGAUUUGUAGUAGCGCACAUUUCAUUUGCAGCCGCAUGUCGCCAGCCGCGACGGCGCAGUCGCCUUUUGGCAUCUCCCUCCACUCUUUGUCUUUCCGUUUGCUGCUGAUAUUCCGCGGUUCCAUCGUAGCCAUGUCGCGUCGUUUUGUAUACAAGCUUGAUCAGGCAGUAACAGCCGCACUCGGGCCAAAUGGCCGCUACAUCGCGAUGGUUGGCAUGACCGCGUCAGCAGUCCUCCUCACUUUCCAUUACAAGUUCCGGGAGGUCAUUGCGGCGACAGACAAUGUUGCAGAGAUACAGAGCCCCUCCAAGCUCUUCUAUCUGAGGUUGCUCUUUGGUCGCACUCGAUCCCGGAUCACCGGGUCUGUCAUGAACAUCAACAUCAUGCCGGCUUUGAGGGAUCCGAUUUACCGAACUCUGGCGUCCGUCGGCGGCAUUGACACAGAAGAAAUUCGUUACCCCUUGCGCAGCUACAAAUGCAUCGGCCAUCUCUUUGCGCGCACACUCAAAGACAAAGAGAGAGAAAUCGAAGACAUUGGAACGCAGUCGCUUGCAAGCCCAGCAGACGGCGUGGUCACGGCGCUGGGAGAUGUGAGUUCCGAACGCGUUGAGCAGGUGAAGGGCGCAACUUAUAGCCUUCGAGCGUUCCUCGGUCUCAUGCCGAAGGUCACCAACCCGGAGCAAAAUACGCUCAAGUUCGUCGUUCUUCACCUGAAACCGAAGAAUUACCACCAUUUCCACGCGCCUGCAAAGUUCGACGUCAACGUGCUGCGGCACAUGACAGGAGAAACGCUUCCAGUAUUCUCGUCAUUCUUGAAAAGAUUUAACGACAUCUUCUCAGUAAACGAGCGUGUUGUUAUGAGCGGAAACUGGAAAUAUGGCUGCAUGCACAUGGUUGCUGUGGCUGCGUACAAUGUCGGCAACAUCCGAAUCGACAAAGAACCAAGUUUGCGGACUAACGAACUAAGGGUCGUGCUCCGACACCUUGGAGGCGAUGUGGAAACCAGAACCUACUCCCGCCAGCCCUUCGAGUACUCUGUGGGCCAGCAUGUAGGCGAGUUCCGCCUGGGUAGCACAAUCGUCCUUAUUUUUGAAGCACCUCACAACUUCACAUGGGAUAUGAAACCAGGACAAGAAGUCCGUGUGGGUCAGAGGCUUGGCGGCGUCGGCCCUAUUCGGCGUGCCCAAACGGAAGAUGAACGCCUGUUUGCAUUUUACUGAUUUGACUGAAUCGCUUUGUUGGGAUGCAGACCGCUUUGCGGUCUGCCAGAAAUCGCACUGCAGCGCAGCCGCGAAAUUACUUUGUGAAUCAUCGUAUCUUGUCGCUGAGGUGCUUGCAUAUUUUGCCAUCAUCAGAUUGUUGGCUGGUGUUCUCUCCACGAGCGAGCAAGUUUUGUGUGCUAGCCGGCCGGCUCGGAGUAUGCGCAAGGGCUUUACACAUGUGCCCAUAGUGGCAUUCGUGUUCCUCACCUCGUGAACUGCGUUGCUCGAGUCGAGGGUUGGAGAUAUGCAUCAUUGUUGGUGCGGCAGUAGUAAUCUGCUUCUGUACGUGCCAGUACGCGAUUCGUAAGAGAUGAAUCGCUGAGGAAAGUGAUCUUGUUACCACUAAGAGGCGCGAUAGAUCGCAAACACGCGCGCAGUGUCUCUCCACAGCGGUCGUGCGUCGGCGCUUCGCUAGAGAAAUUACCGGUGCCAAUAUGUACGUGCAUUUUCUUGGUAAUUAGCAGUGGAAGCUAGAGCUCAUACCUGCACUCAUGACACGAAGCCCGCGGAAAGUAGACUUCCGGAUCGUUAAGUUCAUUUGAAAGUAAGGUUCUGUCUCUACAAUGAAGAUUACCUGACUGUACCAGUUCGCACAGGUCUUCACCAGUCUGAAAAUAUGGAAAAUACGGGUAAUACCGGCUACUGGGCACCACAUGGAAUAACAUCGCUACCUAGCGGAAGC